AUCACCUGAUUCCAGCAAAUAUGGAAGGAAAACUGACUUGUGACCAGUGUGGGAAGACUUACACCCACAUGCAUCAGUUUAAGACACACCUACGCAUCCACAGUGGAGAAAGACCAUAUGACUGUGGACAGUGUGGGAAGACUUUCACCCAGAGGAAUAACCUUGGGACACACCUACGCAUCCAUAGUGGAGAAAGACCAUAUGAAUGUGAGCAGUGUGGGAAGACUUUCACUGAUAUGAGUAACUUUAAGAAACACCUACGCAUCCACAGUGGAGAAAGACCACAUGAAUGUGAGCAGUGUGGGAAGACUUUCACUGAUAUGAGUAACUUAAAGAAACACCUACGCAUCCACAGUGGAGAAAGACCAUAUCAUUGUGAACAGUGUGGGAAGACUUUCACCCAGAUGAGGAACCUUAAGACACACAUACGCAUCCACAGUGAAAAAACACCAUAUGAGUGUGAGCAGUGUGGGAAGACUUUCACCCAAGUGUCUACCCUUAGGAUACACUUACGCAUCCACAGUGGAGAAAGACCAUAUUCAUGUGAGGAGUGUGGAAAGGCUUUCAUCAGAAAGGAGGUGCUUAAAAUCCACCAACGCAUCCAUAGUGGACAAAGACCAUAUGAUUGUAAACAGUGUGGGAAGACUUUCACCCAGAUGAGUAAACUUAAGAUACAUCUACGUGUCCACAGUGGAGAAAGACCAUAUCACUGUCACGAGUGUGGGAAAACUUUUACCCAGAUGAGGGUCCUUAAGGCACACCUACGCAUCCACAGUGGAGACAGCCCAUAUUACUGUGAACAGUGUGGAAAAACUUUCACUCACAUGCAUCACUUUAAGAGACACCUACGUAUUCACAGUGGAGAAAGACCAUAUCACUGUGAACAGUGUGGGAAGACUUUCACCCAGAUGUAUGGCCUUAAGACACACAUACGCAUCCACAGUGGACAAAAACCAUAUCACUGUGAACAGUGUGGGAAAACUUUCACCCAGAUGAGUAACCUUAAGACACACCUACGCAUCCACAGUGGAGAAAGACCACAUCACUGUGGCCAGUGUGGGAAAACUUACACCCAUAUAAAUGGACUUAAGGCACACCUACGCGUCCACAGAGGAGAAACACACCGAAACAGUUUGAGUGUUACCAAUGUGAAGAAAGACUCUUGCCACACUUUGCUCUCUACUACCAUCAACACAGAUGUGAAUCGUCGUCUGGACCAAACAGUACCUCAGCAUCAGAUGACAACAAGAAACGCAGUGUCUGAACCAGCAGUACCGACUUCUUUUGACAAGAACAUCAAACUUAAAAACCUCCAGAUCUGGCUCCAUAGAGUCCAGAUGUAAGGCACACCUAUGCACCCACAGAGGAGAAAAACCAUAAUACUGUGACCGGUGUGGGAAGGUUUCUGAGCCUUGUCUGCACGAUGUUCUCACUGUCACAUUCACCACAAAAAGUUGAUGUCCCCAUGUGAUAAGUGCACCAAGAUCCUCUGGUCGUCCAACUUUUACAAGUGUCACCAACAGACUCAUACUGGACAGAAACCUUACCAGUGCAGAUUUUGUGACAGAUCUUUUUUCAUAGAUUCACAAUGUACCAAAGAAGAAUGUGGCAAAACUUUCCACAAAGGACACAAACUGAACAUACUGCUACUUAUUGACUUUGUGGACAUUUAAUCAGUCACUUGUUGUGAUUCUGUUGCUGGUUGGGGUUCUCACCUGUUCAUUGUUCACAAAUGAAACCAGCUACUCCUGUCACAAUUUUCCACAAUUGUUCUGUGCAGUUUAAGUUCAAGAAAGGCAACACCGCCACAGUUAUAAAAUGACAGAAAGCAAAGUACUGCAGACCGCCUUUCUUUUUUCCAAAUGUUACUUUUUAUUAUGUGUAUCCAACAUACUGUGGUGACAUUUUUAUACUACUUUUUCCAAAAUUGCAUUUUUAUUGCAUGUAAGUUUGGGACUUGGAGAUUUUAGGCAUUUGAUCCGUUACCAUGAAAUUAGUUUUUUUUUUUUGUUUGUUUGUUUUUUUUUUUGAUGGUUUUAUUUGGAACUGGAUAAUGAAAAUUACAGAAAGUACAGAUAUUUAUACCUACUUUAAGGUACCUUUUACAAAAUGUUUGUAAAUUAUAGAUGAGUAUGUAAACUUUGCAUGUCUUUUUCUUUGAUCCAUUUGCGACAACUCUCUUACUUGCACUAAAUAUUAUAAUCAUCGAUCCUGAGCACAUGGUUCCAUAACAUUGAAGCUUACCAAGCGUACACAAAUAUGAAUUAACAUCAACUUAUGUAUUGAUGAAGAACAGGGUGUGUCAGAAUUACUCACAUUUAUUCCCUUUUUAGAAUUUAUUAGGUGUAUGGAACAAACAUUGGACGCAUGUCCAACAGAAAUUUUGGUUCCAGUGAAUUAUCUAGAAUUUUUUUUAUCCAGUUUCCUUCAAAACGUCCUCACUAGAAUACCUAUGUGAUUUCAUGGCCUAUAGGUACCUAUAGGAAGUAGUGGUUUUCUUCUGCUGCCAUGCAGAGUGGUGGCUUCCUCACACUCCUACCAAAUGAGGUAGAGAAUUGGGUGGAGGCUUCUGUGUCUGACUUUAUCUGAUCGACUGAGUGUUUGAGUUCCCUCCUGAGGAGAUGAGCAGUGAGACUGAAGUUCCAGCAGAAUGCACAAACUGUCAUCUUUUGUUAGCAAUGAGUAAAGAAGAACAUUAAGGCACUCAAUUUGACCUUUUU